GUUUGUGGUUUUAGUUUCACUUCCUAGUUAGCAUGGUGGAAAGUAAGGAACUGAGUAUGCUAAACAACAUUGAGUCAGUUAAAUCUCCGAAGUUUCUACAGUUGCUUGCAGGCACGAACAAUUUCGUUUUCUGUUUUCUUUUUCGUUUUUUGUCUUAAUACUUUAUUGUGGAUGAAAAUUGGCGUCAUUGGAAAACACAAUCGUGGUGAAAUUGAGAUAAUUUGACCGGUGCAGAUUUUGCGGUCACACGCCGAGAAUGGCGCGCCUUCAGCGGGAACACACCCAGAGGAGGGUCGGUUAAUGUUUGGACUGGUAUUCGGGCUCUGAAAAAUGAAAUGAAAUUAAAUAUGGGCUCAUACAAGACUGAACACUCUUACCUGAAGCUGCUGACUGUUCACAGAGAGCUGCUGGUAGAACAGGUGAAAAACACACAGUGUAUUUUGGAUAAUCUCCUGAUGAACUCAUUCAUCUGCACUGAAGAUAUCGAGAUCAUCCAGCGCAGCAGCACUAAAACAGACCAGGUACGCAAAAUCUUGGAGCUGGUCCAAAGUAAAGGCGAGGAAUGCUCGGCGUAUUUCACACAGAUCCUUCAUGAAGCAUACGAUGCCUACAUCGAUCUACGGCCUUGGUUUGAUGAAAUCCAAUACACGCCAUUAGACACCAUUAAAGCCAUACCAGUGGUUAACACAGACCCCAUCAGCAAAUACUGUGAAAAGCUCCGAUAUGAGCUGGGAAGAGACACUCAGUUCAUCACGUCCUACUCUAAAAGUGAGGAGACGCCGCUGGAGGAUCUGUACACCGACACGCAGAUGGAGCUCCUGAACGACACAGGAGAGAGUUUGGGAUAUUUACAGAAUCUGGACCAACUUUUAGGAGAUCAUGGAGUCUUCAACCCACAGGCUGAGACUAUCUUCAUCACGGGUGACGCUGGUGUUGGCAAAUCAAUCAUGCUCCAGAAACUGCAGAAUCUGUGGUCCAGACGAGAGCUGAAAACCCGCGCCAAAUUCUUCUUCAAGUUCAGAUGCAGAGCGUUCAGCGCCUUCAAGGAGACGGAUGAGAUCUCGCUGAAGGAUUUAAUCUUCAAGCACAACUGCUAUCCAGAUGGAGAUCCAGAUAAUGAGGUGUUCGCCUACAUCUUACGCUUCCCAGAAACUGUGGUGUUCACUUUCGACGGAUACGAUGAGCUCCAAAUGGAUUUCGAUUUAGAUAAUGUGCCGGAAACGGUUUCCCCAGAAGAAAAAACACGACCGCUGCUGCUUCUAAUGAAUCUGCUCUGUGGGAAACUCCUGAAAGGCUCCAGGAAGAUUCUGUCAGCAAGAAGUGGCACUGAAAUCCAAAGCCGAGUGAUUCGGAAGAAAGUGUUCCUGAAGGGAUUUGCACCAGAACACCUGAAGAGAUAUUUAGCUUUGCAUUUCCCCGAGCAAGAGCAUAGGAUGCUCGUGAGCGAUCAGCUCGAUGCUAACCCACAUCUAUGCGGUCUGUGCUCAAUCCCGCUAUUCAGCUGGAUCAUCCUGAAGAGCUUUAAGCAUCUGCAAUCAGUGUAUGAUGACUUUGAGUUGCCGGGUUCCUGUAUCACACUCACAAAUGUAUUCCUGCUGCUCUCCGAGGUUUUUCUCGGACACUCAACUGCACGUCCUGGACUCCUAAGGCGAACAUUGAGAUGUCCUACGGAGACCUUUAAAGCUGGUGAACAGAAGCUUUCGGGAUUUGCUCGACUAGCAUUGCACGGUAUUGAAACAAGUAAACUGGUGUUCACCUUAGAUGAAGCGGUGUGCUGUGGAUUAAACGAUGAAGAUCUUCAGUUUGGGUUUUUAAGACCUGCUUCGCAUUACGAUUCUUCAUCCGCAAGCUCCUUCGAGUUCCUCCACGAGACUCUCCAAGCCUUCCUUGCAGCCUUUUCUCUAGUUCUGGAUGCAAAACUAAAUCCAGAGUCAAUCCUAAAGUUCUUCUCUAAAUGCAAAUACAAGAAGUCGUCACGUCUCUCCUGCAUACCUUGCCUAAAAAACACAAAACCCAGAGAGAGCGAUGCAUUCCAGACCAACUUUCAAUUCACUAAUCUAUUCCUGUGCGGACUUUUGUCUAAAUCCAACGCAGCUCUCCUGGAGCAUCUCGUCCCGCCGUCGGCAUUGAAGCAGAAACGCAAGAUACUGAAAUCGUAUUUAUCGAACAGCGUGAAAACUCAUCUUAAGAGCCUCCCUCGGUCUCCGUCCACAGACAUCGAAGGAGAUAAAGUGCACGCGAUGCCCAACUUCCUGUGGAUGCUGCGCUGCAUAUUUGAGACAAACAGCGAGGACGUGGCCAAGAUGACAGCUAACGGCAUAUCUGCAGAUUAUAUUAAGAUUGCGUUCUGUAAUAUUUACUCUGCCGACUGCAGUGCUUUGAACUUCGUGCUGCACCAUCGUAGGAAGCAUUUGGGAGUCGAUAUGGACAAUAAUAACAUUAACGAUUAUGGCGUGAAGCAACUGCGACCCUCUUUCAGCAAAAUGACGGUAGUGAGGUUUUGUGUGAAUCAGCUGACAGACAGCGGUAUUGAGGUUCUGGCUGAGGAACUCAUCAGAUAUAAAAUCGUGAAGGUGUUGGGCCUUUACCAAAACCACAUCACAGAUGUUGGAGCCAAACAAGUAGCAAAGAUCAUUGAAGAAUGUCCACAUUUGAGGACCGUCAAGCUCGGCUGCAACAACAUCACAAGUGUAGGUGGGAAAUAUCUCGCCAGCGCGAUUCACAAGAGCAAAUCUAUCUUUGAUAUAGGAAUGUGGGGAAACUGCAUCGGUGAUGAAGGUGCAGAAGCGUUCGCAGAGGCUCUGAAAAACCACCCCAGUUUGACCAACCUCAGUCUCUCCGCCAAUGGCAUCACGUCUCACGGUGGAAGAAGUCUGGCACAGACAUUGAAGGAAAACACAAGUCUUCACAUCGUCUGGCUGAUACAGAAUAAAAUCUCUGAUGACGCAGCGUCGGAUCUUGCGGAGGCCUUCAGGUCUAACUCGUCUCUGACGCAUCUGAUGUUAAUAGACAAUGAGUUCACUAUUGACGGAGCCAGACAGCUUUCUGAAGGCCUGAAAGACAACACUACACUGAAGGAGGUCAAUAUUAAAGGAAGCCGCAUUUCUGAAGCAGAAGAGCAUCUUUAUCAGGGCGACAGACGGCUUCGCUUCCACUGAAAAACACGUGAUGGGAGAGCAGAGAAAGAAGAAGUUGCUGGAAAACCACAAACUCUGCUGCAACACAUCACAGCUUUUGUUUAUUACAGAUCAAACACUGUAGAACACAUCACACAUGCAUUAUUAUACUACAGUGAUUAUCGUUUUGCAUUUUAUUUUAUAUUAGGGUGACACUUUAGUUUAGUUUACAAUUCAUGCUAUUAACUACCUGCCUAUUAUUUAGAUAUUAA